GCAGAGCUGGGAAGGCUCCGAAUCCCGGGAUCCGCACUCCAGGCCUCCGACAGCCGCUCCCCUGGAGGGGUUCAAAACGCGGAGCGGCGGAAUCUGCGGAACCGGAUGCAAAGCGCGGCCUCUGGCGCGAGCAUGCGCAGUAGCCCUCGCCGCCCUCGCCGCGCUCGGCGCCGGGGGCGGGUCCUCCGGGGCGGACGUCCGCCACGCCGGCGUCAGCCGCCCGGGAGGAGGAGGGCGAAGACUCCAGCCGCCAUGUUGGAUGCCGCAGAUUCGCCAUAACCUCGCCGGCUCUUUUCUUAAAAAAAUAAAAAUAAAAACCGAAGCGUCGGCGGGGCGCCCCGCUUUGUCGGUGGGCACGGGAGGGGGCCCGGAAGAGCCCCAGGCUUUUUUUUUCCUCCGCGGUGGGGGCGUUGCCAUGGAGACGCGAGCGGCAGAAAAGCCGGCCAUCUUCAUGUGCAAAUGCUGUAACCUGUUCUCACCAAGUCAGUCGGAGCUCCUCUCCCACGUGUCUGAGAAGCACACGGAAGAAGGGGUUAAUGUGGACGAGAUCAUCAUCCCCCUUCGGCCUCUGAGUACACCCGAACCCGCCCACCCAAGCAAAGCCGGAGACGAGCUGUCCGUCACGAAGAGGAAGAGGGGCAGGCCCAAGGGGUCCACGAAGAAGCCCAGCGCCGAGGAGGAGCUGGUGGGGAGCGCCGUGGGUGCGAGCGAGGCCCCUCCGCGGGCCCCGGAGGAGGGCGGCAGCCUGGCCCCCCGCUGCCUGGAGUGCCCCAAGUGCUCGCGCAAGUUCUCCAACCUGCGCCAGCUGCGCAAGCACAUCUGCAUCAUCGUGCUGAGCCUGGGCGAGGCCGAGGGCGACGCAGGUAAUGAGUCUGACCUUGAACUGGAAAAGAAGUUUAAGGAAGAAGAUCGAGAAAAGGCCCCGAGGCGACCGCGGACGCAGAGGACCGAGAAGGUCCAGAAGGUCUCUUCCGGAAAGGAGGCCGCGCAGGGGCCCGGAGCAAAGAAGCCCAUCGUCAGCGUGGUGCUAACCGCCCACGAAGCUAUCCCAGGUGCCACCAAGAUUAUCCCAGUGGAGGCGGGGCCCCCAGAAACAGGAGCCGCGAACCCCGAGGCCACCUCCGCGGACCUGGCGCCUCGGAGAGGGUACCAGGAGUACGCCAUCCAGCAGACGCCGUAUGAGCAGCCCAUGAAGUCGAGCAGGCUCGGGCCCACGCAGCUCAAGAUCUUCACCUGCGAGUACUGCAACAAGGUGUUCAAGUUCAAGCACUCGCUGCAGGCGCACCUGCGCAUCCACACCAACGAGAAGCCCUACACCUGCGCGCACUGCAGCUACGCCAGCGCCAUCAAGGCCAACCUCAACGUGCACCUGCGCAAGCACACGGGCGAGAAGUUCUCCUGCGACUGCUGCGCCUUCACCUGCCUGAGCAAGGGCCACCUCAAGGUGCACGUGGAGCGGGUGCACAAGAAGGUCAAGCAGCACUGCCGCUUCUGCAAGAAGAAGUACUCGGACGUCAAGAACCUCAUCAAGCACGUGCGCGACGCCCACGACCCGCAGGACCCGCAGGUGCGCGAGGCGCUGGACGGGCUCCGCCUGCUGACCCGGGAGGGCAAGCGGCAGCUGCUCUACGACUGCCACGUCUGCGAGCGCAAGUUCAAGAACGAGCUGGACCGCGACCGCCACAUGCUGGUGCACGGGGACCAGUGGCCCUUCGCCUGCGAGCUCUGCGGCCACGGGGCCACCAAGUACCAGGCGCUGGAGCUGCACGUGCGCAAGCACCCCUUCGUCUACGUGUGCGCCCUCUGCCGCCGGACGUUCGUCAGCUCCAUCCGCCUGCGCGCCCACAUCCGGGAGGCGCACGGGGCCGCGCCCGAGGCCGCCGCCUUCACCAGCUCCAUCAACCAGAGCUUCUGCCUGCUGGAGCCCGGCGGGGACAUCCAGCCCGAGGCGCUGGGCGGCCGCUUGCCGCUCCCUGAGGAGGGCCUUGCCCCCAAGGAGGAUGCGGAGCCCCAGCCGGGGCGGAGGGAGCCGGAGGCCCCGCUGCAGGUGCCGGCGCCGCCCGGGCCCUUAGUGCCCACCCCCCAGGCCGGAAGCACUGCCCCGCCCCCCUGCGAGCUGGGAGCCGCGGGGGUCCCCUCGCAAGGGGCGGUGUCGGAUGAGUUGUUGCUGAAAAGCGGUACCUCCUCCGCCGAGGCUCACCCUGCUCCGGGAAGGACCCUGCACCCCCAGCCCGGAGGCUCCGCCCCGUCUCAGGGCGCAGAAGUCACCCCCCUGCUGCCCACGGCCAGAAGCCCUGCCGCCAACCAGGACACCCAGGGCGCCGAGAGCCCCCGGUCCCACGGGCCAGAUGCCAACAGGUGUCUCGGGUCAGACCCAGCGGAGGCCGCGGACCUUCCUGUGGUCCCCGGUGAGGAGGCCGAGGCCCUGCGCCCGCCUGACCUCUGUGGCCCCGGCCCCGGCCCCGAGCGCCGGGCGAACAUGAACGCGUUCCUGCGGAUCCUGGACGGCCUGGCCAAGCGGCGGAUGGACCCCGGCCUGUGCGAGAGGAUCCGGAAGGUGUACGGGGACCUGGAGUGUGAAUACUGCGGCAAACUUUUUUGGUACCAAGUGCACUUUGACAUGCAUGUCCGCACCCACACCCGGGAACAUCUGUAUUAUUGCUCCCAGUGUCAUUAUUCCUCCAUCACCAAAAACUGCCUUAAACGCCAUGUCAUUCAGAAACACAGUAACAUCCUGCUGAAGUGCCCCACUGAUGGCUGUGACUACUCGACUCCAGAUAAAUAUAAGCUGCAGGCCCACCUUAAAGUGCACACAGAGCUGGACAAAAGGAGCUACUCUUGUCCUGUGUGUGAGAAGUCUUUCUCGGAAGAUCGGUUGAUCAAGUCGCACAUCAAGACGAACCACCCGGAGGUCUCCAUGAGCACCAUCUCCGAGGUGCUGGGCAGGCGGGUGCAGCUGAAGGGGCUGAUCGGAAAGAGGGCCAUGAAGUGCCCGUACUGCGACUUCUACUUCAUGAAGAACGGCUCCGACCUGCAGCGCCACAUCUGGGCUCACGAGGGCGUGAAACCCUUCAAGUGCUCUCUGUGUGAGUACGCGACGCGCAGCAAGAGCAACCUCAAGGCUCACAUGAACCGUCACAGCACGGAGAAGACCCACCUCUGUGACAUGUGCGGCAAGAAAUUCAAAUCCAAGGGGACGCUGAAAAGCCACAAGCUCCUGCACACCGCAGACGGGAAGCAGUUCAAGUGCACGGUGUGUGACUACACGGCGGCCCAGAAGCCCCAGCUGCUGCGGCACAUGGAGCAGCACGCCUCCUUCAAGCCUUUCCGCUGCGCCCACUGCCAUUACUCCUGCAACAUAUCGGGCUCCCUGAAGAGGCACUACAACAGGAAGCACCCCAACGAGGAGUACGCCAACGCGGGCGCCGGGGAGCUGGCCGCCGACGCGCUCGUCCGGCAAGGCGGCCUGAAGUGCCCCGUGUGCAGCUUCGUGUACGGCACCCGCUGGGAGUUCAACCGGCACCUGAAGAACAAGCACGGCCUGAAGCUGGUGGAGACGGAAGGGGAGCCCAAGUGGGAGCCAGCGACAGAGACUCCGGAGGAGCCGGCCGCCCAGUACCUGCACAUCGCGGAGGCCGAGGAGGACGUGCAGGGCACGCAGGCCGCGGUGGCCGCGCUGCAGGACCUGAGAUACACCUCCGAGAGCGGUGACCGGCUGGACCCCACGGCGGUGAACAUCCUCCAGCAGAUCAUCGAGCUGGGCAGCGAGGCCCACGACGCCACGGCCGUGGCCUCCGUGGUUGCCAUGGCUCCGGGGACGGUGACGGUGGUGAAACAGGUCACCGACGAGGAGCCCAGCUCCAACCACACGGUCAUGAUCCAGGAGACGCUGCAGCAGGCGUCCGUGGAGCUGGCCGAGCAGCACCACCUGGUUGUGUCCUCGGACGACGUGGAGGGCAUCGAGACGGUGACCGUGUACACGCAGGGCGGGGAGCCCUCGGAGUUCAUCGUCUACGUGCAGGAGGCCAUGCAGCCCGCGGAGGAGCCGGCCGGGGGGCAGCCGGCCCCGGAGCUCUGAGGACGCACGCGCGGCGCCAGGGCCGGGCCGCC